AUGGAUUUUUUAACUUUAUUAGAAAAAGUUACUGAAAAUAGUAGCAGUAAUCCCGGAUUUAAGACAAAAAUUUCUAUUGUUAUCGGAAAUGAAUCGGCUGCGUCUAUUGCUUAUGCCUUCUUAAGUCAACAAUACAAUCCUGAGAAAGCCUUCUUAAGUCAACAAUACAAUCCUGAGAAAGGCAUAUUUUUGCCAGUACUCCAAAUUCCCAAAGACGAAUUGACUCUUCGACCAGAAUGUGAAUACGUGUUUCGUCGUCAUGAAAUGGAUAGCGACCGGUUCAUAUAUAAAGAAGAUCUCGAGGUUGUGUUAGAAGGAUUAAUGAAAAACAAUGAAUUGCACAUAGUAUUAGUUGAUCACAAUAAACUGGUGCCUCCUUGGGAUAAAUUUGCAAAUUGUGUAGAUGCAAUAUUGGAUCAUCAUGAAGACGAAGGAUUAUAUUUGACAGCAUCACCACGAUGGAUUGAACCCGUAGGUUCAGCGUGUUCUUUGGUGGUGCUUUCAUUUCCUGAAGUAUGGGCAGCUGAUCAAUUAAAUGGGCAUGGUCGUAAACUGGCAAAUUUAUUGUUGGCUCCAAUACUCAUCGACACAGUUUGUCUGGAUGUUUCCAAAGGGAGGACAACUGAGAAAGAUCAGAAAGCUGCAAAUUUCCUAUUGAACACACUGCAAAUUUCCGAUCAUAAUGCAUUUAUUGCAGAGUAUUACAACGAAAUUCAAAAAGCACGACGAAAUAUUUCCCAUUUAUCAACGCAUGAUCUAUUGCGUAAAGAUUAUAAAGAAUGGGUCAUUGGUGAUGUUCGUAUUGGCAUAAGUAGCGUCUCUUUGUCUGUCCAAGCUUGGCUAAAGCGCGAUCAAAUUUCCACUUCGAUCAAUGAAUUAGCAUCUUAUGCCUCAGAGAGAAAAUUGGAUUUACUUAUCGUAAUGACGACUCACACUCACCCUCAACAUGGAUUUCAACGUGAUUUGGUUGUCUAUCCAUUUGCCGAUCUUUUAAAAUCGCAAGAAUUCAUUUCGAAAAUGGAGAAAUCUGAUCUCGGUUUGGAAACCUUAAUUAUUGAUCCUGAGAAUGAGGAUUGCAGGUUUUAUCGACAAAAGAAUAUAUCUUGGUCUAGAAAGCAAGUUUACCCUUUUUUCAGAAAUCUCAUUGAAUCUAUUAAUGUAGCAUCAUUAUAA